AUAUAAAAAAAAAUGCAAUUUAUAUAGAAAGCAUUAAUAAUUUCCCUUAAAUAAAAAAAAAUAAAUGCACUUCCAUUUUAAAAUUUUGGAUCAUCCCAUGGUCAUGGGCAUUCAUCUUUUCCAGUUGGUGCUCCUGCUCCUGCAUUGUCAGACAAAAUUAUAUGGAUUAAUAUUUAAAACAGAAUUGGAUAAUUUGAAAGAAUUUCAGCUUUUGAAGGCGAAUCUUUAUUAACAUCAUUGAGCAGGAAUAAGGUUUCUGGGCUUAUACCCGGUUGUGAAGGUGGCGAAGAUAUUAUUACAAUGCUUGAAUAACCUAUAGACCCAAAUACAUAUGGACCUUUUUGCAGUGGAUGCUAAGUAAUAGUUUCAGAACCGUGGAGAACUAAAAUGGGUGAGUUACAUAUACUCGAAUAAAGAAAUAUUGAUAGAGGAGAAUACCCUGCUACACCAAACACAAGAUUAGCAUGUUGUGUUCUCGUUUAAAAAUGGAUGAAUGAAAUGAUCAUAUCCAUUAGUUAGAAUGCUCCUGCCGAAGCUGAUGAUUAAUAUUCACUUUGAAUAAAUAUAUUUUAUAUUUUUUUAUAUAAAUAAUACAUAAAAUAUAUAAUAAAUUAAAUUUAUUAUUAGAUUUAUUUCUUAUAAGAUUUCUUUAUUUAAUU